AUGGAUCCAUCAUUCAGCCUCUUGCUCCCUCCUCUCCCUUUUAUAGUUUCACAUCUCACGAAGGCUCCCUCUCUCAUUGGUGGCAAAAUGGCGAAUUCAGCAUCAGGAAUGGCUGUGAACGAUGAAUGUAAGCUGAGGUUCUUGGAGCUAAAAGCAAAGAGAAGCUACAGGUUCAUCGUUUUCAAAAUAGAAGAAAAGAUUCAGCAGGUUGUGGUUGAGAAGCUAGGAGAACCCAACGACAGCUAUGAAGAUUUAAGUGCCAGUUUGCCUUCUAAUGAGUGCCGCUAUGCCGUCUAUGAUUUCGAUUUCACUACCGAUGAAAAUUGCCAGAAGAGCAAAAUUUUCUUCAUUGCAUGGUCUCCUGACACAUCGAGGGUAAGGAGCAAAAUGUUGUAUGCCAGCUCCAAGGAUAGAUUCAGAAGAGAGCUGGAUGGUGUUCAAGUUGAAUUGCAAGCCACUGAUCGGUGUGAAAUGAGCUUUGACAUUGUCAAAGGGCGAGCCCUCUAAACGGCUAGCCAACCUUGCUUGGAUCAAUCGACUAAUGUCUUCAUUUCGUCAACCUUCUUCAUUAAAACCAUGUUUGGGGGGCCCUAAAACUUUCGA